AUGAGACGAACAAUUAUGAUUCAAGUUGUAUUGAUUCUUAUUGCUAUUCAAUUCAAUUUUAUCAAUGCUGAAAAUGUUACUGUUACGACGACGACGACGACGACGACAGAACAAAAUCUGAUAACAAAUCAAACAAUGAUGAAUGAAUCAGAUGCAACAGAAAGUCCAAUAAUAAAAGAUGGUGCUGAUGACGACGAUGAUUCGUCAUCUACAGAUAUCAUCAAUCAGGAACCUUCAGCAUCAAUAUUAUGUGAAAAACGUGAUAGGCCUUAUUUUCUUCCACAUAAAUAUCAAAUAAGUCAAUUUUAUGUGUGCGUUAAAGGACAAUUGUUUUUACUUAAUUGUCCAUCUGGCUUUCGAUUCAACGGUGAAGCUAAUCAAUGUCUUCGUAAAACUGCUGACGAUGAAAUAGAAGAAACACUUAAAAGUCCAGCUUUAAUUCCACACGAAACUAAUUGUGGUUGGUAUUAUGUCGUACGUGUUAAUCCCGCAGGCGAACGUGUUCUUAAUAGUUGUCCUAUGCCACAAUUAUUUGAUAUUCCAACACUUGAAUGUAAAAAUUAUACUGAAGUCAAAUGUAGAAAUCGUUUCGAACCAAAAGAUGCUUGUGAUUAUCAAAUACGUUCAUCAGCUCAUGCAUAUCCAUGUUCAUAUUUGCCUAGUUGUAAAAAUCGCACUGAUGGUUUAUAUCCAGAUCGUUUACGUGAUUGUCGUAGAUAUUUUCGUUGUACAUCCGAACGUAGUUCAGAAUCUUAUUCAUGUACUGAAGAUACAUUACCAUUCGGCGAACGAUUUAGUUUCGAACAACAACGCUGCAUACCGGCUCAAUAUGUCGAAUGUGUCAAUGAUCAACAAAAACCUUUUUGA